UUGAGGUAUCCUGGUUCAAGAACUGAUGCCCUGAGAUGUUCUGUUUUGCGCCGUUGAAGGCGACAAACAGGCCCAGGAGUUUGAGUAGCACGGAGAGGUCUGGCGACGGAGAAGUGAGCUGCCUGUCCUCUAACCGCCUCUCUGCUUCAGGUCCCUGGAAGAGGCUGCUGAUUCCUUUGGCCCUCGUGAUCCUGCUGGAAGUCCCCUGGGUCCAGAGCCUGCCAGUCAGAUCCUGCCAUUUCCCCCAAAUUCCAGAGCAUUCGGACGCCUUUAGGCAACUGAGGAACCGAUACGUAAGUCGUCCUCUGGAGCUGCAGUUGAGGGACAUCUUCGGACUGGGGAGGAUGGGGGGAUUCAGGGUUGAGAAAGCUGGAAGCUUUUGGGAGAGGUUGGGGGAGAAGACCCUGGACAGAGCCCCCAUAGAGCCCCGAGAGGAAUGGACCCCGAGGGACAGACAGUUGGGGAGACCCUCCCAGCUCUGGCCGUUGACAGUCAAUGAGGACGAGAGGUUCAAAGGGGGCGAACCCUGGAAAAACUGCACCCGCCACCAUCUCCGCUUCCCCCGAGGGAAAAUGCACCACUUGAGAAGCAAAUGGGAAAAGCUGGAGGCCGUGGAAACGGAGCUGGCCCUGGUCAUGCCUGUCUUGCAGAACCUGAGUGAGCCGGCCUUCUCCAAACUCGCCUCCAAGAUUUUGGAGUUCCUGCAGCCGCUCAAGGUCGCUCUGGCCCCCUGUAUCAGGCACAAACCUCCCCACGAGCAGAAGUCCAGCCACCUCCAGCAGUUCCAGGAAGCGAUCCAGAAAUUCAACGCCAGCAGCGUCCAGCAAUCGCCGAAGUGUCUGGAGGCAGCGGUCGGCCUCAACAUUGUGCGUCUCCUGGAAGAGGACAUUGCCCAGCUCCAGCACCACUUCCGCCACCACCAUCACUUCCGGGUCACCACCCGCCUAGGCUAGAUCCUGCAGAUGCCGUUGUGCCCGCCAGCUGUGCCCAGCAAAGGCUCCCCAGAUCAGAAAAGCAGCCGGAAACCACACCGACUCCUCCGCAAAUGACAUUUCUGUCCUGCCCAAUUGCCUUCCGAAGAACCAGGAUCAGGGGAGCCACAGACUGUUCUGUAUGCCGCACGCUUUCCUCAGCACGGUGACCUGCAGAGGCCUCGGGGAUGAUGGGAGCUCUUGUCCCACGCCUCUGAAGGGCACCAGGGUGGAGGAAGUCUUAACCUCAAAAUGAUCCAGAGCAGAGCUUUGGAUUCCCAAGCAGGCUUUUCAGGGAUUACUUGUCUUAUUUAUGUCCUUCUACUUGCCCCAAAGAGCCACGUCUGGCUAAAUGCUGCCUUUUUCCAAGCAUGCAAGGCUCACCACCUGGUGCGGGAGGUUCCUGGCGAAUCUUCUGUGCAUCCAGGCAUCCUCUUGCGGUGCCUUUGCAAAACUGUGAUAGGCCAGUGUUGGAAAAGGGCUGCUAUAUUUAUGUAAUUUAUUUUAAUCUUCCUGGAUCUGAAAUUAACACGUUUGGGGUGGGAGGGAAGCAGGGGGGGAGACCUAUUAUUUAAAGUGAGUGGUAUUCAUGAAAUAAGGAUAUUAUUUAUACAUGCCUCCCCUUCUGCCCAGAAUGGUUAUAAUUUCAAAACAAUUUCAAAAGGGAUCUGUAAGUGAGCUCAGCUCACAAGCAAGGCUGACCUCUGUUGGAAGCGCCAGCCGUGUGAAGGGGAUUAUUCUGGAGAUCUCAGCAGCUGGAGAGGACCCCUCAGCAUCAAGGUAAUUCGAAGGGGCAGCUUUGGCUGAGAAGCCCACUUAAAAGAGAAUUGCUCUCCAGAAGCAGAAGGCCAGGAAGCAGCCAGCAAUGAGCAUUUGGUACAAGGCAGCAGCCUUGAAAGAGAGAAAGCUUUCCACUCUGGCACCAAAAAGAUUUAAAAUAUUGUUAACCCUGUACCCUUAAUUUGGUUUCACAAGACAAGCCAUCAUUUCCUUACAAAGUAUGAGGUGAUAAGAAUUUGGCUGAUGGUCCAAAGAAAAUGACUGUAUGCUACUGUUGAAAUGAUAAUUUAUCUGUUAUUUGUUAUUUUUAUAUAUCCAAUCCUAUUUAUUAAAUUUUAUACCUUGCCAACAGAAUUAGCAUCUAUCUUGUUGU